GAGAACAGAAUGACUACGUUUUACUGUGGACUUUAUGGUUAUUAUUACUAAUAACAAGGCAUAGGCAAAUAGUGAUUAGUGAUUACAAACCCUUUGUGUAGUGAAACAUUAGACUGUUAAAUUUACUAAAGUUUUAUAUUUCUUACUUUGUGAUGUUAAAUUAUAACUACUUAUAAUAUUCGUUUAUUAAGAUCAGUUCAGUAGAAACUAAGAAACGGACAUUUAACAAUGGCAGGCCACAGAUACAUCAGUAACACGACAAAUCUAUUUGAGGAUGACGACGUAGACGACGAUACCUUUGUUAAUAGUUAUAGAUCAAGAAUUCCACCACCACAACCAAAACCAUCACCAUCGCCUUACGUUGCCGAAUUAGAAAGGCAAAGACAAACUAUGUUAGAGAAACAGAAAGAGAUCGAACAGCGUACACUAGAUUCCUCGGUUAGAAGUAUAGGUUUGUUGCGUGAAUCUGAGCAAAUUGGGAUUGCAACUGCUGAAGAACUCACUCGCCAACGCGAGCAACUUCAAAACACUAAUAGAAGACUCGACGAAAUUAACACAAACUUGAGCUAUAGUCAAAAACACCUAAACGGUAUUAAAUCAGUUUUUUAUGGGUUUAAGAACUAUUUGUCGGGUAAAUCGGACCAAACGCCUACUAAGAGUCAAGUAUCUCUAAGUUCCAGUAGUUCAAAAGCAGGAAAUAGUAGCAGAGUAGAUGAUACCUUAUACAGCAUGAGUGCCAGUGAAACUGACAAUUUUACAAAUCACCCGUCAACUCGUCUGAGAGGACUUAACCAGCAAGUAUCCGCUGAACCAAUAUCAGAUACUCAGCGCAUAAACAAAAUGUUAGAUGCAAACUUAGAUGAGAUGGUAACUCACAUUUCAAGAUUAAAAGGACUGGGAAUGGCUCUUGGAGAUGAAAUUGAGCAACAGAAUCAUCUUAUAGAUGAAAUCCAUGAUAAAGUUGAUGUUGCAGAUAUAAAAAUUGGUCAUCAAAAUAAGCAAAUGAACAAACUUUUAGGGCAAUAAUUAGUGUCUUCCAUACUGUAAACUUUUCAAAGAGAACAUUAAUGUCCUAUUUGUAUAGAAGUAUAUUAAGUUUGUUUAUGAUAAAAAAAAGAAUUUUAUAAUAUAUAUUAUUAAUUAUAAAUACACUUCAUAUAUUAAUAAAUUAGGGGGUUACAUUAUGGAUAUACAGUAGAGGUUAUAUAAUUCAAGUAUAGUUCUAAUUAAAAAGGAAAACAAUGGUAUUAAAAUAUUGUCAAUGUCAAACAGUGUGGGUGUGUUAUCUUGUAAAUUAAUUCCAUUAACAUGCAUAAGCUUAUCAAUACAAAUUACUGUAAAAAACUCCUUUUAUAAAUUAAACAUAAGUAUUAAUGUAUUUGUUAAUAAGUUGUAACCAUUGUUGGUAAAUAAAUAUAAAAAAUACACAAAUCAAAGAAGACUUACGUAACUCAAAAUGU